AUGUUGGACAUGUGGAUGCAUGCUAGCUGGAAUUGCGUCGCUAGCUUUGGACGAUUCGUGGAAAUAGGCAAACGCGAGCUCAUCGAUGCUGGCAGACUGGAUAUGAGUAUAUUUUUACGAAAUACAACGUUUACUGCAUUCGACUUGAGCGAUCUGUUCUAUCAUGACAGCAAAACUCAUCGGGAUAUUCUUUCGAACACUAUGAAAGAAGUGCUUGAGAUGUAUCGAGCAGGUGAGAUUCAGCCGGUGCCUAUCACGACAUUCGACGCAUCAGACAUGGUCCAGGCCUAUCGCUAUUUCUCUUUAAAAGACAGAGUUGGAAAGGUUGUUAUCUCCUUAGAAAACCAGUCGAGUCGCAUACCCGUUGCGCCACCAAAGUAUCUAACGAUCUUUGACCCUGAGAAGGCCUAUGUGCUCAUAGGUUGUUUAGGUGGUUUGGGGCGGAGCCUUAGCGAUUGGAUGCUGGGACGAGGUGCACGGCAUUUUGUCUUUCUCGGACGUACAGGCUGUGAUAAGCCAAGUGCUCAUGAGCUUGUCUUUCGCUUGCGAGAUGCUGGAGCUAAUGUUACUGUAGUCAGGGGUGAUGUUUCUGACAUAGAUGCUGUAAAUGCUACGAUAGCCGCAUGCGAACACAAGCCGAUAGGUGGUGUCGUACAGGCGGCGAUGGGGCUUCAUGAGGCCUUGCUGUUGCGAAGGGGAAUCCAGCCAUUGAACGAAGACGAGUUCCUUCAAAUCAUCGACCUAGCAAUUGUACAAGAAAAAGGUGCAUCGUACAAAGGAACAUCACAUAUCCUUACGGGGCUAGAACCCUUUCGAGUGCGUGAACUAAAGACCCAAGGGUUUGACGUCAGCCACGGCACAUUGCAAGACCCGCGCGCUAGCAUAAUCGCUACUGCAUUCAGAGGGCCCCAUGACGACAGCAAAAGCAAUAUCCAGAUUCAGAUUGCCGAUAUACAGUGGUUAAAAGAGGCGCCGGCCAGCGUAGUCAGCGUAGCUGCCAUCUUAGUCGCAGAAAUGGAUGCUCCGUCGCUACACGAUGCAGUCCUUCGUGUAACAAGGAAGCAAUUCUCGAAUUUAAUCCUGAUGCCGCUGGAGCGGAUCGAGAAUGGCAAACCGCUACUCGACUUUGGCAUCGAUAGUAUGAUCGCUGCCGAGUUCCGUACCUGGGUCUGGACAGCUUUCAAGGUCGAUAUCCCUUUCCUUGAUAUUUUAAGUCCACAUAAAUCCCUUGGUAUGCUCAGCAACUUCAUCGCCGCGGAGUUGGAGAAAGGGCGGGCGUAA